AGCCUUGGAAAUCGCCAGGUGGACAGUAUUAAGGAAAAAUCAGAUUGGCUUUUGUCAUUUAGUUGACGUGACUGGAAACCCAUUUUUCGUUGCUCCAACGCCUGCCUUUCCUCCACAAACUGUCAACACACACAGUCGCAUGCAAUCCAAGCUUAUUGGAUUAAAUCUCUCUCUCUCGUUUCAAACACAUUGGCAGGCAGGAGGCCUCAAACGUGUGCACUUUUCGUCCUCAGCUUUUGCUUCUCCCUCUCUUUCUCUCCCAUCUUUUACUAAGAAGGUUCAAAUGAUUAGCUCUCUUUGUUUUCCUCAAAUAUUUGCAUAAGUAAAUUGUGGGUUUUGUAAGAAAAAGCAACAUAAGUCGUGGGUUUUUCUUUUCUUCAAUGUGGGUUUUCUUCUGUCAUCAGCCUCAGCACUCUGUUGGAGUCAGUCACCUAUUUUGAAAGCUCUAAGGGAUACAACACUAUCAAACAAAAGAGCCCAUUUAUGGCCUGCUCUCUGUCCAUAUCACGGUUUUCUGGGUGUUCUUUUAUUCCGUAUUCCAGUAACCAGCAAGUGCAUCCGUUAUCAUAUGCCACUAAUUACAAGACAAGGCAUCCCCCUUUUGUUGCAAGAAACUUCUUGGGAAAUCCUUUACUAGCUUCCUCUGUAUGCGGAUGGAGAGGACUUUAUUUCUCAAACCACCAACCAGUCCUUUCAAAAAGAUUGCGGAUACAUGCAGGACUUGAUGUUGCCAGCGCUGUUGAUGUCAUUAGUGAUUUGGGAUUUGAUACUUUGACGUUCUUAGCUGUUACUGUCAUUAUCGUUCCAGCAUUCAAGAUCAUUAAAGCUAGUCCUAUACUUGGUUUCUUCUUUGCGGGGAUUACACUCAAUCAAUUUGGCUUGAUUCGGAAUCUUACAGAUGUGAAAGUGUUGUCUGAAUGGGGCAUUCUUUUCUUGCUGUUUGAGAUGGGCUUGGAGCUUUCAUUUUCACGUCUGAAGGCUCUUGCAAAAUUUGCCUUCGGAAUGGGAUUAACUCAGGUCGUAUUAUCUACUCUUGCUUUCACAGCCUUCGAACUUCCACCUAAUGGGGCUAUUGGAACCCAAAUUUUGACGUUCCUCUUUAACUCAAGGCCUGAUUUGGUCAACAUUAGAAGCGUUGAUGAAGCCGUAGUGAUUGGUGCUGCUCUCUCUCUGUCUUCUUCAGCUUUUGUACUUCAGCUACUUGCAGAGAAAGGUGAACUCCCUACAAGAUUUGGGUCAGCAACUUUAGGGAUACUUCUUUUACAGGACAUAGCAGUCGUACCUCUCUUAGUCAUACUUCCAGUGCUGGAAAGCCAGAACCUAGCAGAGGAAAGUAUAUGGCCAAUGCUUCUGAAGGAAAGUCUAAAAGCCUUAGGUGGACUUGGUAUUCUUUCUCUUGGAGGAAAAUUCCUUCUUAGACGAGUUUUUGAGUUUGUAGCAGAAGCAAGGAGCUCUGAGGCUUUUGUUGCACUUUGCUUAUUGACAGUUGCAGGGACCUCACUUCUCACCCAGAAGUUGGGUUUCAGUGACACGCUUGGAGCAUUUUUGGCUGGAGCACUGUUAGCGGAAACAAAUUUCCGGACACAAAUUGAAGCUGAUAUAAGGCCAUUUCGAGGCCUACUUCUUGGAUUAUUUUUUGUAACUACUGGGACGUCCAUUGACACGCAGCUUCUUUUCCGAGAGUGGCCGAAUGUGCUUUCUCUCUUGGCAGGUUUGAUUGUCAUCAAGACACUGAUAAUAACAGCAAUAGGCCCUCGUGUUGGACUUACUUUACAAGAAAGUGUAAGAAUAGGACUGCUUCUAUCUCAAGGAGGCGAGUUCGGAUUUGUAGUUUUUUCACUUGCAAAUAGGCUUGGUGUACUGCCACUCGAGCUUAACAAGUUGCUUAUAAUUGUUGUUGUCUUGUCAAUGGCAUUGACCCCAUUGCUUAAUGAUGCUGGAAGAAGGGCUGCUGAAUUGAUUGAUGACAAAUUUGGUGCCGAGGAUAAAACUGCUGAGGUGGUGAACUUUGAUUCAAGUGAACCUGUUGUUAUUCUUGGAUUUGGACAAAUGGGCCAGGUCCUUGCCAAUUUCUUGUCCACCCCAUUGGCUUCCGGGAUAAAUAGCGAUAAUCUGGGAUGGCCGUUUGUAGCUUUUGAUCUGGAUCCUUCUGUGGUGAAGGCGUCUAGGGAACUUGGUUUUCCAAUUCUGUACGGGGAUGGAUCACGUCCAGCAGUUUUGCAAUCUGCUGGCAUCGCUUCCCCAAAAGCUGUUAUGGUUAUGUACACUGCAAGGAGUAAAACUACUGAGGCCGUUCAAAGGCUUCGACAAGCUUUCCCAGCGAUCCCAAUUUAUGCCAGAGCUCUGGAUCUCAAGCACCUUUUAGAACUGAAGCAAUCAGGUGCAACAGAUGCUAUUCUGGAAAGCGCAGAGACGAGUUUGCAGCUGGGCUCCAAGCUUUUGAAAGGGUUUGGAGUUAUGUCCGAUGAUGUGAACUUUCUUCGUCAACUCAUUCGGGAUUCCAUGGAGCUCCAAGCUCAAGGAGUGAGCAAAACUGAUGAUAAAGAACUUAAUGAUUUGCAACCGAUGCAGGUGAGAGUUGCGGACUUAAUUGAUGACGCUGUACCCCUUUCACCAACUCCAUCAGAAGACAAAUCAUGGGGGGUAAACCAGGAAGAUGCUUCUUAUAGCGUGGCGUUUGAGGGGGAUGUGGAUGAAGCAAAGCAUGACAGUGAGCUCCACCGGUCAGGGCAUACAGAAGAAAAAGAAGAAGUUUCACAUCGCGGCUUAGAUACAGAGAACGGUAUUGCAAUGAAAUCACAAGACGUUGAGGGAUCAACCUCUUGCGUAACAACAAAGGAUGAACUGUGAUUAAGGAGGGAAAAUAGUUUAUAAGCUUGAUUUUUCGGUCAAAGUGAAAUCAUAAUUCCUUGAUGAAGGUGUCAAAAACUAGUCUGUUUUGCUUGAGACUAGCAAUGCGCGCAGGAACAAACUAAACUCUCGGACACUCUUUGUUUCAGGAAACGGAGCAAGGGGUGCUAAUUCUUCUUAUCAACCCACAGGCUUGUAUAUUUUUUCAAUUUUUUGUUUCCUGACAAUGCUCGAGAAAUAUAUGAUAGAAUGUUUUAGUUUUA